AUGUCCGUCGCAUGGCGGACGAAAGCUCAGCACGGAGUCAUCAAGCGACAGAGCAGCAUUCCCACUAGCAUUUUCCUCAACCGAGGCACUCUUCUGAUGGCUCUCAAGUUCAUCACCCUUGGCAGCAGCCAAACGCCUGGUAGCAGCAGCUCUGAUGUUGACAGCGCUAUAUCGGCACGUUCAGGCCACUCAGUCGCGUAUAUGAAUCCUGAUCAUCUUGGCUCGCUGCACGUCUGGAUCAAGUCGGCUAAGGGUCUAGCCUCCUCCAACACCAAACAUGCCAUUUCCGACGGUUCACCACGCUUAGUCAGCUCAUUUAUCAAGAUGUAA